AUGGAGAUUUCCACCGACAAGAGAAAGCGAGUUCAUAACGAGUCAUUUGAUUCUCAGACUCACUCUGUUGGUUACUCGGUUGAGGCUAAGAUUCGGAAGGUUAACUCUGAUUCUGAUGUUAAUAAUGUUAACUUGUCCGAGUCCGAGUCCGAGUUGACACGAGUUAACUCGUUUGAGUCGUGUCUUGACUCGGUUUUUGACUCGGGUGUUCAGCUUCAUCAAGAUGAUCUUUUUCAUAUACUUGAUGAUGCUGAAAAUGAUGUUGAGAAUGUUACUGACAAGACUGAGUGUGACUCGGUGGUGGGUCUUGACUCGGUUAUCAAGAGCUUCGAGGAAGAGAUUCUCACUCCUGCUUUUGAACCGGUUCAGACCAACCCGGUUCAAAUCGACCCGGUUCAUAGUGACCCGGUUCAGCUGACCGGUCUAGGCGAGAUGCAGAAUGAUUUGGGUUACCUGUUUGAGGCUUCUGAUGAUGAACUUGGGUUGCCUCCAACAGUGGUUUCAGGUGAUGAACCGGGUAGGACUGAACCGGAGAAGGUGGACCUGACUGGGUUUUUGGGGUUUGAUGACGACUUUACUGGCUACGACGGGUUUGGUUCUGGUGUCGGGUUGUUGCCGGAGCUUGACGGUGGAAACACCGGUGCCGGGGAUUUUGUGACUGGGGAUGGGUUGUUUGAUUUUACUGAACCGGCGGCGGAUGUUUUGUGGCCGUCUGAGUCGUUACAAGCUAUGUAA